CUGACUGUCAAAUAGUCUUCAAGUUGGCUGUCUUGAAUUGAAGACACCGGAAGAUUUUUUGGCCGUCAAGAAACGAGUGUGUUGGCUCAAUUUUAGACAAAUAUUAAUCAAUUAUCACCUAAUUACUAUUUAUAAUGACUGUUACGUUGUUUAAGUAGUCUUCAAAUUAGUUUAAUUGACUUAUCGCCGUGUCAACAUCACGGAAGCGUGGUAGUCUUUGUUUGAGUUUUUGUUAUAUCAUCAUGAUUUGUAGCUGUGAAUAAAUUAUUAUUUUGUUAGAUUUUCUUAUGGAAACUGACAAAAUGGAAGUGCGGGAAGCUGGGGAUGGGGCGGCAGCGGGUGAAUUUGUGAGGGUUCCGUCAAAAAGGUACACCUGGUCGGAAGUAAGACAAGCUGUACACGACUUGAGGAAGGAAUUGUCCUCUCUUUCCACGAUGGUUCCUAUGGCUAUUUCCUUUAGGAAACUUAGUAAUGGGAAGACCAGGAUCUACUUUCUGAGGACGCCGCAGAACGGUUGGGAGAUUACCUUGCUAUACACUGAUGUGACUCCAUCUCCGCAUGCCAAUAACACCAGAUUGGAAUGGAAGCCACUUAUAGAGUCCAAUGUCGCACUAGGAGUAAACUCAGGCAAAUGGUCCAGAGAAGAACAGCUAUUAUGGGAGCGGCAACGUGUGGCUGCUUGCGGUAUCGCUUCCUACGAGCUCCAUUCUAGCGGGCGGGUGCUGUUUCCAUGCUCCUCGUCGCUGUUCGUGUGUGAUGAAGGGGAAGGUAACCAGACGCCUCCAUUGGUACCUCGGGCUCUUCACCUCGGCAGCGGAGCACCGCUCACGCCGGCCAUGUGCCCGAGGAGCCCCGCCCUCGUCGCUCACGCGGCUCGCGGGGACAUCUGGCUCGCGGGUCCGGGCCUGCGCCCACAGCGGCUCACAUAUGCCAGUACUGACAGUACUAGGUUAAGCGACGACCCCAGGCAAGCCGGCGUGCCGUGCUACGUGACUCAGGAGGAGUUCUCCCGGUAUACGGGUUUCUGGUGGCAACCGUGCUCAGACGAUGAUGUGUUCAGGAUAGUGUACGAAGAGGUAGACGAGAGUAACGUGAAGAUAUUCAGUUUCCCUUCUUCACAGUCCAGCAGUGGUGAUGUAGAAGAAUUCAGGUUCCCAAGAGCGGGCACUCCGAACGCCAAGUCAAUAUUGCGUCUGGUCACCUUCAAGCUGCAGAAAGCUUCGCCCACGGUCCUCGAUUAUUACUACGAGGGAAAUUCUGAUUCACAAUCGUCAGAAAACACGAACGACGCGGUAGAGGUGACGGAUAUCCGGUGGUACGAUCUCCGGCAGUCGUUAAAAGAGACCUUCCCGUGGUUCGAAUACUUGGCCCGCGUCGGAUGGACGCCCUGUGGGAACUACGUAUGGGUGCAACUUCUAGACCGCAAGCAGCAGCGACUAGAGCUAGCACUAAUCCCCGUGCGCGAGUUCUGCUCGCCCGCGCACUACCCCGCCGCCCCCGCGCGCGCCCCGCUAACCGCGCAGGAACACCCCGAACAGCCAAUACAAAUCCUAGUCCAAGAGACGGCGCCGGACGUGUGGAUAAACGUUCACGAUAUACUACACUUCUUACCUUCAUUAGAACCGAGCACUAUUCGGUUCAUAUGGGGCUCUGAGCAGACCGGGCACUUGCACCUUUACCUCAUCACGUGUAGGAUAGCCCCAGGACCACCUGAGCGAGUGAGAAGCGUAAUGGAGAUGAUAACUGAGGAAGAGAUCCUAGCGAUCGGACCGAAUAUUAUUAGUAAGGAACCCAUCACCGCUGGCGAGUGGGAGGUCCUUGGUAGGAAGAUAUGGGUAGACGAAACCCGGAACCUGGUAUACUUCGCCGGUCUGCGCGAGACGCCUUUAGAAAGGCACCUGUACGCCGCGCCUUUAGCGCCGCCGCGGCCACACCAAGUCACUUUACUGACUACCGUCGGACAUUCGUGUGCCGUCGACAUGGAUGAUGAAUGCACCCUAGCAGUUAUAACGUCAAGCAAUAUCAGUACUGCGCCAUCUACACGCGCGUACCGCAUAGCGCACACACCGGCGCCCACGCUCAUCGCGCAAGGACUUCUUAUGGACCGAGCGCCGAGCGAAACAUCGUCUGACAGCCGAAGUUACAACGGGUCGUGGGACAGUCGCUCCGGGGACGGUGACAACGAUGACAAUGAUUCCAGUGAAGCCUCUAUACUCGUCAAAGAGCACGCCCUAAGCACAAGUGUGUGCGUGCCGCCACCGCAGAUCUUCACGACGCGCCUCUCGUGCGGUCUGCCCGCCUACUGCACGCUGUGGCGCGGCGCACGUGCGGGCCGCGGGCCCACCGUGCUGCACGUGUACGGCGGCCCUGAAGUGCAGACCGUCACCAACAGCUAUAAGGGCAUCAGACAACUGCGCAUGCAUAUGCUAGCGGCGCGCGGCUUCAACGUGGUGGCCAUCGACUCGCGGGGCUCCAAGCACCGCGGCCGCGCCUGGGAGGGGGCUAUCCGGGGCAAGAUGGGGCAGGUGGAGCUGGACGAUCAGGUGGAGGUAUUGCAGUGGCUGGCGAAAGAGACAGACUGCAUAGAUAUGGAGCGGGUCGCUAUACACGGCUGGAGUUACGGUGGUUAUUUAUCCCUCCUCGGUUUGGCGACGCGGCCGAACAUCUUCCGCUUGUGCGUGGCGGGCGCGCCGGUGACGUGCUGGCGGCUGUACGACACGGCCUACACGGAGCGCUACAUGGGGCUCCCGGCGCGCGCGCCGCACGCCUACACGCGCGCCUCCGUGCUCGCGCACGCGCCCUUCUUCCCAGACCAGGAGGGCCGUCUACUAAUCAUCCACGGGCUGGCCGACGAGAACGUCCAUUUCUGCCACACGGCGGCGCUUCUGUCCGAGCUGGUCCGGCUCGGCAAACCUCAUCGGGUCCAGGUAUAUCCAGGGGAACGCCAUUCCCUCCGCGCGAUGCACGCCGCAAAGCACUAUGAAGCUACUCUGCUUCACUUCUUACACGAAAACCUGUAAAUUGUAUUAUAGCAUUAGGUUAACUAGCGUAAGAGCAG